GUAAACAGUGAAAAGUCAGGGAAGAAAAUGGUAAAAACAAGGCCCAAAACGACGUUUGAGGUAGCCGGGUAAUUAAAUCCAUCUUGAUGCCCAGACCUAAUAGCAUAGCACCAGCUGACUAGCAACCAAUCACUUGAUGUGUGUAAACCUCGACAACUGCCAUUUUUCAAUUAUAUCGACGGGCCCCGUUAGACAGUGCUUACAGCUUUUAACAUGUCCGACGUCGCGAGGGAGAAGGAGUUUGGCAGUGACUAUGAGUCCGCAUCUCAGCGCGGUGAAAUAUUCGAACAGCCCACUGGCUUCAAAGGACUAUAUCAUCAUCCUGUCACUCAAGUUGCUAUGCUUGGUUUUGUCUGCUUUAUGUGUCCUGGGUUAUUCAAUGCACUCAAUGGGCUCGGUGGUGGAGGUCAAGUCGAUCCGACCAACAGCGCCAACGCUAAUGCAGCGCUAUAUUCUACUUUUGCGUUCUUUGCAUUCUUUGCUGGCUCUAUCAACAACAAACUUGGUCCUCGAGUCACUCUUCUUCUUGGCAGUACGGGCUAUGCUCUGUACAUAGGAUCUUAUCUCGCCGUCAAUAUACAUGCUCACGCUGGAGUUUUUGUAGUAGUCGCUGGCGCCGUCCUAGGUAUCUGUGCGGGUUUAUUGUGGACAGCUCAAGGAUCGCUCAUGCUAGCGUAUCCUACCGAGAACCAGAAAGGAAAGUUCAUCGGUAUAUUCUGGUCUAUCUUCAAUCUAGGAGGUGUUGUCGGUGCUGCCGUUUCUUUUGGCCAAAACUUCGAUUCAACCGGUAAUGGUGUUGGAAAUGGCACCUAUAUCGGAUUCCUCGUCCUAACUAUGAUAGGCGUACUCAUUCCUUUACUGAUGGUGGAUCCUGACAAGAUGAUUCGUACUGAUGGUACCAAGGUCACCGCCCCUCGACACCCCUCUUGGAAGACCGAGUUUUACGGACUUUGGAUUGCUUUAAGAACUGACCCCAUGAUCGUCUUCCUAUUCCCCAUGUUUUUUGCGAGCAACUGGUUCUACACCUGGCAGUUCAAUGACUAUAACGCCGCUCUUUUCAACAUUCGUGCACGAUCUUUGAAUAAUUUUGUAUAUUGGCUGUCGCAAAUUGUAGGAUCUGUCAGCAUUGGCCUUCUCCUCGACCAACAUGGAUUAAGCAGGCGUGUGCGCGCUUUUUCGGGCUGGUCUGUCUUGAUGAUGAUGGUUUUCGUCGUUCAUAUCUGGGCAUAUUUUUAUCAAAAGGAUUAUACGCGAGAUAGUUUACCCGUAGGUUCACCGAAGAUGGAUAUCUAUGAUCACGGAUACACCGGAAAAGUAUGGCUGUAUAUUUUUUGUGGGAUGCUGGAUGCUAUGUGGCAGACUACUGCUUACUGGGUGAUGGGUGCCAUGUCAAAUGAUCCAUCUAAACUCGCUCAUUUCGCUGGCUUUUACAAGUCAAUCCAGUCUGCCGGUGCUGCAGGCGUUUGGCGAGCAGAUGCUGUCAUGCUUCCAUAUAUGAAUAUCUUUGUGUCUACUUGGGUCCUUCUCGUAGCCGGUCUUCUCUUCGCUCUACCCAUGAUCCACAUGCGUGUCAAGGAUCACACCAAUAUUGAAGACGAGGUUUUGAUUCGUAUGGAUGACUCCGGGUGUAUUCAGGAGGUAAUCGAAAUCCAGGCCGGACAGGACCACUAAGCUGGAAACCGCUUCACUUUGGUUCUGCCCCAUGAAGUAUUCUCUUUACAAUAAAAUGCUUAGUUCGCUGUAAUUCACUCCAUAUAACGAGUUCACGCAUCACGAGUAUUGGCGUGUCAACUGUUUACGAUUGGUAUCUUGUUGACGGUUCUGAUUGAUUAAUUAUUUUUCGAGUUUGCUACUGAUAAUUCUUCAUACAAUUGC